AUGUCUUGUAUGGAGGACGAAUUCUUCUUAGACGUUGUGCAACGAGCUUUCAAUCACGCCUGCCUUGCGCAUGCUCACAAGGCGGCCAUCCUGUUAUGUACAAGAUCCCGCCACAGAUUAAGCAUCAAGGACGUGCUAACGUCCUUGCAACAAGCCAUUGACGAGCUGGAAUUAGGAUAUGUUUCCACCUUGCUAGGCGCGACCAGCUUCUCCAGCAGUGAGCUUGAAACUCUCUGGAAACAUGCUACUCGGCAAUACUUCAGCGAAUCCCUCACCAUUCUGGAAAUCUUGCUCAAGGCCGGUGCUGAUGGGAGUUCUGUUGUUGCAACAUUAAUGGAUGCGAUUGGGAGAAAUGACGAGCAUCUCGUCAGUCUUAUCCUGGCCCAGUGGCAAGCUCCGCGAUCCCUUCAGCAACGUGAAGAGUUCGAUUAUCAGAAUCGCCAGCCAGUCUUGAAAACGCUGGGAGAAGUUCCUGAGACCGAGUAUUUCACAGUCCUUGGUCAAGGCUUGUCGAUUGCGGUUCGCUUAGAUUUACCGGAAAUCUGCAAGCUUCUCUGUACCGCUGGAGCGCCUCUUGUGUAUCGGCGACAGUCGCUUAUCGAACUCACUGUUGUUCUCGGAAGUUACAGAGCGCUGAAAGAACUUACUCGACAUUCAACAACGUGCUCCGAAACGCGAAACAUGGUCAACUUUGCUCUCCUCCAAGCAGUGGAAAACAACCGCCCUACCUGGAUUACUGGUCUUGUGGAACUUGGUGGUUCCGUUGAAGCAUAUGGACUAGAGCCCUUGAAAGCCGCCGCAUCACUCGAUCAGACCGACAUGCUGAGUGUUCUUCUUCCCUACAAUCGAUCGUUGGAAGGACUCCAGGCAGUACACCAAGUACUUGAAAAGCGUCUCGCUGAAGCCAAAGCUAACCUGGAUAAUCUUUGCUCUAUGUUCCAGCAGGUCCGUAUGGCAGGCUUCGAUCAUGCCGAGUCAUUCAGCAACGCUCUUCUGUCGCUCUCAGGACUUCGAUUCGCAACCGUGAAUCAUGUCGGGGUUUUGGUCAGCUGUGGGGCAUCCGUCGAGUACAGGGAGGGUGAUUGCAUGAAACAGACAUGGAGGCAUGGCAAUGUCCAUUUGUUCCCGUAUCUGCUCACCCAAUGUACCAAGACAUCUGUCGUGACAGGGCUCUUGAACAAGGCGUGCGAAGACUACCUUCGAGGAGGCGAGAAUGGCUUCGGUCUCCAGGCCGAAGGAUCAUUGGUUGUCUUCAGCGCGCUCCUCAGAAGAGAAGUCUCGCAGGAAUCUCGCAAUCUAAGCCUUGAUGCGAUUGCGCGGCGUGACUCAAACGACGGCGCUUGUCAUUAUGAACCCAAUACCUUGGAGAUUAUCGAAUUGUUGUUAGAAAACGGGGCCCGAUUCAUUGACGGGGCUGGAUCACCGCUCUAUCACGUCUGCAGAUUGUCCAAUAACCCGAAGAUUCACUCGUUGGUAUCGAAGAGCAACCCACCCAUGCGAUCUCGGCUCUCAGCUCUACAUCACCUUUUCCGGAACCAGGAUUGGUCUGCUCCUGUGGGUUCGAACAUAUCCAAGGCCAACGACGACCUAGACCAAGCCUGUCUGUACAAUAUCAACUUCCCCGCGUCGGAACCUGAAUGUGUCGAGCUGGAGGAGUCUGACAUUAUCAGUCUCCUUGGAGCAAUGUUAAACCCGAGAGGUCGAGGCGUUGGCACCACCUUGAUGUUUUCAUUCUUCUUUAUGAGGGGUGGUCUCCGAUUGCUCGCGCCACGGACCUGUUGCGACAACGACCAGAACGAUGUGGAACAGAUGAUUGUGGCUGCCAUCAUGAAUUGUGACGAGACGAGGCUGGAACGAGAAAGAUCUGAGCAACGAAUCGAGGUUCUCUUGCGGGUCUUACAGAUAGACGCACUCAAUGCUGCCGGCGUUUGGUCAGACACUACAGGAUUCGCGCUGAAAGAGGAGGCUCUGGACAGACUACUGAUUCUGUCGCUGCAGCAUGAGAGGUUUUCGCUGGUCAGCACACUCUUGGAGUCUGGAGCCGAUCCAAGUGCAACUGACCAUGACGGAAGGUCAGCCCUCUACCUGGCCACUGCUGUGAAUUCUCUCGAUAUAAUGGAGACUCUAAUCGAGAAGGGUGCGAGAGAAAAUGAUGGAAGUUUACACAUUGCGACGUGCCUGCAGCAUCAUGAGGCGAUGCAUCUACUUCUCAAAGCCGAGCAUAUUCCCAGCCAUCGUUCUCCUCUUUUCACUGACGGGACGCCACUGGAGGCUUUUCUGCGGUUUGACCACCCGGGUAUAGCUGAGGAUCUCUUCGGUGUAACACUUACAGUACUUUUGUGCGACACAGAGCUGCCGUCAGAUUUCUGGACCCGAGAGCCUUCGCCUCUUUCUCUGGCAUUGUUGGGGUCGAAUCCCUACGAGAUGUUCAGCGCCUUGAUAGAUUUUCACCCCAUGAAAGUCGCCGAGUUGCCGCUCGUCCGUCAGGACAGGUUCAUGCUUUCCAUCCUCAGCUUGGUGGAAAAGGGGAAUGAUAUCCCACUAUCUGACGUCCAACGAGUGGACCUCCUGGCUCGACUAGAAGAACUCGAAUUCACGCGGACUUAUUAUGCCGUGGAAGGAGAUCAGCCGGAAGACGCCGUGAAUGUGCCAGAAGAACUCGAGGCUCCGGAAAUCCGAGCACGCCGCCGUGCUUGGAGAGAGAAAGAGUGUGCCGUAUGCUCCGACAGGCCCGAAGACCGAAAGGCCAUUCACGCCGCUUUGGCCCCCUCCUGUGAAGCCAACCACGGCUGGGACGACGACAUCAUCUGCACAGACUGCCUGCGAGGCUACCUCGAGUCACAAAUGUUCCCGCAGGGUAACGACAAAUUUCCCUCGACCAAAGUAAAAUGCUGGGCGCCCAACUGUUCCGACAUCCUCGGCCACAGCGUGCUCCAGGCGUACGCCGAGGCGGACAGAUUCGCCGUGUACGACGCCUCGCUCGCCCAGCUCUGCCUCCACGACGGCGCCAACACGUUCAAGUGCGCCAAUCCAGCCUGCACGGGCGCGGCGUGGCUGGACGAAGACGAAGACAAGGACAUCACCAUCGUGGCCUGCCCGGUCUGUGGGAAAGACACCUGCAUCCAGUGUAACCAGCUGUACGAUCGGCAUCGCGACGAACCAUGUCCGCGCGGCGAAGAAGCCUUGGGCGCCGAACGCAGAAGGGCCGAAGAAGCCGCCACGGCCGCAUUCCUGGCCAAGGGCAAAAAGUGUCCGCAGUGCAGGUCGCCGUACGAGCGGAUCGAGGGGUGCGACCAUAUCGUGUGCGGCAAGGACGCCCAUUCGCAGGCGAGGAGUCGUGAGUUGCGUUCCGUUUCUUAA